AUGGUUGCACCACGACAAAACGAAAGUUUCGGCUUGGUGGGCGAACUCGAUGCUGAAGUAGUAUCGGAGUUGAGGGACCGGUUGACAGAAGUCACUAUAAAAUGCUCGGAGCGAUGCUUGUAUCAAUCGGCAAAAUGGGCAGCGGAGCUUCUCGAUUCUCUUCCCGAAGACGACGAUACGUUUGAUGACUCUCCGAUGCAAGACGCGAAUAAUGUCCAGUCAUCGUAUCGACUGUUCUCGACCACUUACGAUGACCCUGAAGAGGCGGCAUUAGAGGCCAAGGAGGCACCGAAAUACCUGUUAGCGAAAGCAUUCUUCGACACCAAAGAGUUUGAUAGAUGCGCGGCGGUCUUUCUACCGCCAGCAAUCCCAGCCGGAGGUCUAGCGAUCUUCGAUAAGCCCAGAAAGCGGACACCUACAUCCACUCCGUCUCGAACGAAAGGGAAAUCAAAAGAGAGUGGUACGACAGCCACUACCAGCCCGUUCCCCCGGCUCAGUCAACGGUCUCUGUUUCUGGCCCUCUAUGCACGGUAUCUUGCUGGAGAGAAGCGCAAAGACGAAGAAAGCGAGAUGGUUCUCGGUCCAGCCGAUGGUGGACAAACGAUCAAUCGGGAGCUUCCCGCAUUGGCAAGAGGACUAGAAGCGUACUUCAAAGUCCGAGAUGCUGCAGAUCCACAACUCAAGCGGUCUCAAGGAUGGCUCGAAUACCUGUACGGUACCGUCCUGGCCAAGUCGAGACAAGAACAACUCGCACAGCAAUGGCUCCUCCGUUCUGUACGACUCAAUCCCUAUCACUGGGGUGCAUGGGAGGAGUUGGCCACGCUUCUCUCGUCGAUUGACGACCUCAAUUCUCAACUCUCCCCUUCCGUCCUCCCUCAGAACCUGAUGAGCAUCAUGUACCAAGCAUACGCCUCUGUUGACCUGUUCUCGACCAGCGACCAAUCCACGACCUUGAACUACCUUCGGAUUCUCCUGAACUACUUUCCGACCUCCACAUUCUUACUCACGCAACUUGCUCUCAGCCAUUAUCACGCCAAAGAAUACGAAUCCUCUGCAUCCAUAUUUCAAGAUUUACUAGUGGCCCACCCUCAUCGUCUUGAUGGGCUCGACCACUACUCCAAUAUCCUGUAUGUGAUGGCGGAUCGACCUAAACUCGCGUUUCUUGCUCAUCUUGCUACCUCUGUCGACAAAUUCCGCCCAGAAACCUGUUGCGUGGUGGGUAAUUAUUACUCUCUUUGCUCACAGCACGAGAAAGCAGUCAUGUACUUCCGACGCGCCCUCACAUUGGACAGAAAUUUUCUGUCGGCGUGGACUUUAAUGGGCCAUGAGUACAUCGAGCUGAAAAACACACAUGCGGCCAUCGAAAGCUAUCGACGUGCUGUAGACGUCAAUCGCAAGGAUUACCGUGCUUGGUAUGGUCUGGGUCAAGCAUACGAGGUCCUCGAUAUGGGCUUUUAUGCUUUGUUUUACUACCAGCGGGCUGCUGGAUUGAGGCCGUAUGACCCCAAGAUGUGGCAAGCAGUCGGGUCCUGCUAUGCGAAAAUGGACCGUCUCGAUCAAGCAAUCAAGGCCCUCAAGCGCGCCCUGGUUGCAGGGACGUAUUUUGAAGAACCAACUUCCGCUCAGUCAAGUUUCAACCCAAGCAGCAGUGUUUCCAGCAACUUGACUUCUAGCACAAAACGUGGCAAAUCCACCUCCCAGACAAAAUCAAACCAGCAGAAAAGUAUUCGCAAACUUCUUGAUCCGGAAACACUGUAUCAAAUCGCUCUUUUGUACGAACGCGUUGGCGGCGAUGAGGGCGAGAAAGAGGCGGUCCAGUACAUGGAACUUUGUGUCGCGCAAGAGACUGGUGGCAGCCACAUGAGUGUUGUAAAGGCAGAGAAGGCACUUCGCAAACGUCAGCAAAAGGAAGACAGAAAAGCUGCAGUUGCGGAGGAACGCCGAACCCGAGUAGCCGAGAUGCGUGCGGACGAUGCAGGCGAUAUGGACAUGGACGCUGGGCAAGGGGCAGUCGGCGCUGACGAUGAUACAGAAAUCAUGUCCCCAUACUCUGCUUCUCCUGCUUCUCCAGGGUCAUCACCAUCACCCUCUGACGGUGAAAACAUGGGCGAAAUGACGGAUGGCGGAGGCGAUGGCUUCGGCACCGGUACCACCGCUACAACCUCCAAAGCUCGCCUAUGGCUUGCCCGUUGGUGUGUGAAAACAGGCGAUCUCGACCGCGCAGAGAGACUGGCGGAGGAGUUAUGUAUGGAUGGGUACGAGGUUGAAGAAGCAAAGGGCCUGGUUCGUGAGGUCAGAGGGAGAAGAGAAGUGGAUGUGAGCGGAGGCGGCGUGGGUUUGGACCUGUUGCAACCGCCAAUGACCUGA